AUCAGAUUCCGAUCCAUCCAGACAAUAACAACACGCCGGGUAAUGAUCCCACGUCUUCUUUAUUUUAUCUGUUGCUGUCCUCCCCGCAUCUUUGGUUGUCCCAAAGAAAGAGUCUAGAUCAACUAAGUGUGUUAAUAUGAUUACUGGUCUCCAUCACGUUAACAUCCUCGUCCCGGAAGGCACCCUCGACCGGGCGGAGGAGUUCUACACCAACACCCUGGGUCUGCCAUCAGCUCCUGUUCCCCAUCUACAGAAAGGAACCCUUCUAUGGUUCAAUCUCACGCCGGAUGGCAGUCAGCAGAUUCAUGUGGCCUUUGGCUCCAACAGCGAUUUGCAUUCCGACCGUCACGCUUGCCUGAAAGUCGGAUCUCCGGACCAUCUGUUGACCCUGCAGCAGCGUGUCUGGGAACAUCACCAGAGAGGGGGCGCUGCUGCUCCGCUGCACGCAGACAAGCCGGGAGAGCAAAACUCGGGUGCCCAGGGCAUCGAAUAUCCGAGUCGGUUUUUUGCCAGGGACUUUGCGGGUAACCGGCUGGAGUUUACCUUAUGACAAGAAUAAAUGAGUUGAGACUUUCUGUUUUUCUAACAACCCGAUAAGUGAAAGAUGGAAAUUCAGGGGAAUAAUGAGCGUGCAUCUCCUAGGUCUUGCAGUUGGCCUCUUCACUGUACGCCCAUGUAGACUCCUCAAUUCGAUACCUGUGUGGGUAGCCUGUUGUCGGCUAUCAGAGAUUCGAUGAACGGGUGCGCAGACAAACUUUGGCCCAAGCGAUAUAUCGAUUUGCCUCCCAGUCAAGGCUAUGUCAUGGCGGUGAUACAUCGAAGAUAUGUAGUUCAUCACGAUACGAUGGUUGUAGUAUUGUCCCGGGCCUGGUGGAGGACACACCCAUUUGUCCCUCUCGUAAGGGAUGAUGGAUCGAGCUUACUGAAAGGCUGAUCUGAAGGAUUGGGGAAUUGAGAUUAACUCGGG